GCGGCCCCGCCCCGCCCCCGCCCGCGCCUCGGGCGCGCUUCUGGUCGUUCGGCGGUCGCGCCGGCCGGGUUUCCGCGUUCCGCCGGCGCAGCGCUCGCUCGCCUCCCGUCCAGCUCCUCCCCCAGUUGCCGUGGUCGGGUAGCUCCUGGCCGGCGGCCCGCGGGCGGGCCGCCCUCCCCACUGUAGCCCACCCGCCUCUUAAAGCGGCGGCGGGAAGAUGAGGUUUCGGGAGCCGCUGCUGGGCGGCAGCACCGCGAUGCCGGGUGCGUCCCUCCAGCGGGCCUGCCGCCUGCUCGUGGCUGUCUGCGCUCUGCAUCUCGGCGUCACUCUUGUCUACUACCUGGCCGGCCGCGACCUGAGCCGCCUGCCCCAGCUGGUUGGCGUCCCCACACCGCUGCAGGGAGGCCCGAACGGCGCCGCCGCCAUCGGGCAGCCCUCGGGAGAGCUGCGGCUCCGAGGGGCCCCGGCGUUGCCGCCUUUGGGCACCUCCGCGGAGCCGCGCUCGGGUCGCGACUCCCGGCGGGACGCGGACUCCCGCCCCGGCCCCGGCCCCGCGAGGAACUUGACUUCGGCUUCAGUGCCCUCGACCCCAGCAUGGUCGCCGCCUGCAUGUCCUGAGGAGUCCCCGCUGCUCGUUGGCCCCAUGCUGAUUGAGUUUAACAUGCCUGUGGACCUGAAGCUUGUGGAGAAACAGAACCCAGAGGUGAAGGUGGGUGGCCGCUACAGCCCCAAGGACUGCAUUUCUCCUCACAAGGUGGCCAUCAUUAUUCCAUUCCGCAACCGGCAGGAACACCUCAAGUACUGGCUGUAUUACUUGCACCCAAUCCUACAGCGUCAGCAGUUGGACUAUGGCAUCUAUGUUAUCAACCAGGCUGGAGAAUCCAUGUUCAAUCGUGCUAAGCUCCUGAACAUUGGCUUUCAAGAAGCCUUGAAGGACUAUGACUACAACUGCUUUGUGUUUAGCGAUGUGGACCUCAUUCCAAUGAAUGACCAUAACACCUACAGGUGUUUUUCACAGCCACGGCACAUUUCUGUAGCAAUGGAUAAGUUUGGAUUUAGCCUGCCUUAUGUUCAGUAUUUUGGAGGUGUCUCUGCUCUAAGUAAACAACAGUUUCUCACCAUCAAUGGAUUUCCUAAUAAUUACUGGGGCUGGGGAGGUGAAGAUGAUGACAUUUUUAACAGGUUAGUUUUUAGAGGCAUGUCAGUAUCUCGCCCAAAUACUAUAGUUGGCAAGUGUCGGAUGAUCCGCCACUCAAGAGACAAGAAAAAUGAACCCAAUCCCCAGAGGUUUGACCGAAUUGCACACACAAAGGAAACAAUGCUCUCUGAUGGCUUGAACACACUCACCUACCAGGUGCUGGACAUACAGAGAUAUCCCUUAUAUACCAAAAUCACAGUGGACAUCGGGACACCAAGCUAGCAUUUUGGUGCAAUAAUAAGAGACCUGAAAAUGGCCAGGGACCUCAUAGUGCGUCUCUGCCAAUCUGCUGGGCUGGUCCCUCUCAUCUUUACCAAACAGAGCGAUAGGCCCCCUUCGCUCAUCAUUCAGAUGCCUUUCCAGAUGACCAGGACGAGGGGGAUAUUUUGCCUCCGCCUUGGCUCAGCAUGUGAAUUCCUAGCUCUAUGAAGUGUUUAUAAGCAUAGAAACUGUCAGCCUUUGGCGGGUUCUUGGCAUGUUGAGAGAGUCACCCCAAAGAAUCAGAGCUGUACACAGCCCAAAAUUUGGUGACUGGGACUUAUUCCCAGUGAUAAACUGAUAAUUUGUUGUGAAAUAGGUAAGAAUUUCGCUUUAAAUUUUGGUAUUCUUAUUACCUUAUGAAAAAUUGGAGAGUGCUGCUGAGAUUAGAUUGGUGUGAUGUUUUUGGUUGUCAUAUUUUAACAGAAAAACACACAAUUUCAAUCAUUCUCAUUUUACCCCUCCCUGACCUCCUUUCACUGGUAUGCUGAACUAUUACAAUCACUAUGUGUGUGUGUCUUUUCUUAGCAAAAUAAUUUUAAAACUUGAGCCUUGGACCUUUUGCCCUGCUAACGUGUGACUUCCAAGGCCGUUUUAGCCAUCAGAGCAGAAGUCUUGGGUUUCUCACAUUCAGUGGCCUUUCUCCAGAAUGUCUGAUUUCUGAAUGUAAAGACUUUUUAAAAAUAGCAGUUCAUAGUAUUUUAAACAAAGAACAAAUCAGGUUCUAAUUAUGAUCUAGCUUGAUUUUGUGUUGAUCCAGAUUUGCAUAGCUGUUUAGUGUUAAGUCAUGGCACAAUUUAUUUUUCUGAGCAUGCUCUGUGAACUUGAAUUUCCUAUGUAUUUUUAUUGUGGUGUUUUAAAUGUGGGAAGGGGAUUGAGCAUUUUUUAGGGAAAAAAAUAAUGUGUGCUGUAGUGGCCCUGAACAGGCCUCUGAUUUAGCUGGCAGGCAGGUUUUGUGAGGAGCGAAAUCACCUUUAGGCCCUUUGAGUCAGCAAGGACCUCCUGGUCAGCAUUAUCCUGCCAGACUUCUGGGGGGACCUCCACCUCCACUGACUUACCCUGGGACCUCCUGUCCGGGCCUAGGCUGGGGAGCUGUAGUGACAGCAAUCAGGUUGUUUACUGGCCCUUAGCCUGAGGAGAUGGAGAAACCUCCAUUUUGUUCCCCCUGCCCCUGCCUCCCUGAGGCUCUGCCAGCCAUACUGCCUGGCCCACCCUGAAGAACCCAUUCUUCUUCCUCCCCCUUCCUGCCUUCUGUUGUCUUUCUCAUUCUUCCAUCCCCCUUUUUGUUCCUUUGCCUCUUACCUGUGGCACUCAGGGUCAAACAGACCUCAUUCUUCAAUAUGAAUGUGCCUUUUAAUUAGUGAUCUAGAAAGUUCAGCUGAAUCCACCUAUAAUCCCCCAUGACCACUCUGGUGCCUAAAGCCUCCCACUCCCUCUCAGGUUUUUAGCAGGUGCUCCCACUUCAGGGAGGCUGAUCUGCUGGGGUGUCUUCCCCAAACACACCUCUGCUGGGAGAGAUUUAGCCUUCUGGGGUGAGAUGCUCAAGGCAGUUUCUACCACUGUGUCCAUCCUGUGCUAAGGCAAAAGAUUCAGCUGUCUAAUCCCAGGGUUGACCCUUCAGCUGGUGACAGCCUGGAUACCACCCAUCACUGACCUCUUGGGGUCCAGCCUCAGUGUGGAGGCUGAGCCGUGCCUCCAGUCUUACCUGUGCCUUUAUUGCUUUGAGCAUCCCAGAUGCAGACUUGGUUCUUUUUUCCAGAAGUCUUUGUAUUGGUUAAAAAUUAUUUUCCAAUGCAGAAGCAGCUAGGCUAUGCAAAGAGUAUUCCUUCUGUCAGUUCCCCACUCCUUAAUGGCAAUGUUAAUAUAUAUAAGAAUGACUGCACUGAGGGAGUUUUGGGAAAUGCAAAGAAUGAAGGACUCUCUUUUUGUCCCCAGAUCCUGACUUUUACAAAGUGCCUUAAAGAAAGGAAACAAAUACCCUGAGUGGUAACUUCUUUGUUACUUCCUUUACUCUUAAAACAGAGUUGUGACCUUUUUUUCUUUUAUGUUCUCCUGUUACAUUUUCCUUGAUGUUCCAUUGGAAUAGUCAAGUUUAUGGUUCAUUCUGAGAACCAGUGAAAUCCUGCUUCACCUGUCCCUCACUUGCUGCCUUUUUGGUGCUCUCAUGGGGCCUACCUUGGCCCACAGUUAGGCCUGGAUGCUUGCCUGGCUCAUGAGAUGCUGCCAGUUCUGUUUCCUCCCCGGGGAGUUCAGGGCUCAGCAUUCAAGGAACAUUUCCUUCACCUGGAAGUUGUCACCAUGAAGCCAUCAUGUGCUUGCCCUUCUCUGUUUCUGUCUAUCCCAGUGCUGGUGACCCUGUAAAGUGGCCUUUGAGAAAUGAAAGGUCAUAGGGCUUAGGUGGCACAGGAGGGUAAAGGAAAUGGUGGUGCUGGCUCUCAGCCUAGGCAGGCCUCUGCUGACGUUGCGGCUGGGCGUGGGGUGCCCACACUGCCAGGACAGCAGCUUUCUUGUCCUAGAGAACUGUUAUGCUAUGUAUUUUGACUUGCCAUGUAUGCGAAUAUAUGAAUUUACCAUUAUAAGUGGGAGGAUUGUUGUCUGACAUGGGUGUUCAAAACAGAACUGUAUUUUUACCUUUAAAAUCUGGUAAUAUAACAUGAAUAAAUGACCCUAUCUUUGUAA